CACACACAUACAGGGUGCAACCUUUCUCUGUCUCUCUGUCUUUCUCUAACCUCUUCAUGGUGACCUUUAUUUCCUCUUUACCUGCCAAUUGCACAAAACCUCUGUCGCUCUCCCUCUCUGUUGUAAGCAUCUGUCUCUGUGCUUCUUUGCACUUUUCACUCCUUUCCGUAUCUUUUCCCACUCUCUUUCACUCCCUCCUUCUUGUUUUCUCAGUACCAGGGUUCACAGACCAGCCAGGGGAGCUGAGGGGUUUCUCUAUCCACAUAUGCCUCUCUAAAGGUCCCGGGGGGUUUGGUUUCAACAUCGUGGGGGGCAGCAGAGCCAGGGAGUUUCUCCAGGUCUACAGCAUCAUGCCAGGGGGACCUGGAGCACUCAACACAGCGGAUAUCCUGGUGUACAUCAACGACGUCUGUGUCCUGGGAACGUCUCAUAAAGAGGUGGUGGAGAUGCUGAAGGCAGUGGCUGUGGGCCACAGUGUGGACAUGGUCCUCCGGAGGGGCUACCCCAUGCUCUACAACACAGACGGAUGCCUCAAGCAGCCCCAUCCUGGGUCAACUGAUGUCUGUGACCCCCUCCUCCCACCUACCACCACCCAGCCCCAGCCAUUACACCAGCUCCUCCCCCGCCCAUCCACAGCCCCAACCCAGACCCAGUAUCAUAAUCUCAAUGGCGUCCUUUCUCACCACCAUGACGUGGGUUAUAUGGGUCCAGGAGUGGGGCCGGGACUGGAUGCCAAUGGGAAUGCCACCUCCACAGCUACCCGACCGCCACCCUCUUACAGACACUCCAGUGGAAACCUCGCUCACUCCACGGCCCCUUCAUCACCCUUUUAUAGAAUAUCCAGUGGACAGCUCUCUGACUCCACUGCCUUUGAUUCACCCUCCUACAGACGGUCUAGUGUGCACCCCGCUGACUCCGCCGAGCCGCCCUCCUACAGACGUUCCAGGCGUCACCUAUCUGACUCCACCUCCCCUACACCACCAUCUUAUAGACGUUCCAGUGGCAGCAUCACUGUCACCACCCCCCCGGUCCGCCCACCCCGCUCCCUGAGGGAUCUCGCCCACCUGCAGGCCCCGGAUAACUCCCAGAGUGACAGUGAGGUGGUCUCAGCCAUCGGCUCACACAGGGCAUCCAUGAUCCGUAACCACAACAAUAACUCCCUCUCUACCCCCCCUCAGCCCCUGCGCUACAGAACCUCUAAGAGUGACCUGUCAGAGAGCGACCUGUCCACCUCCUCCACACUCCCUGUGUCCAGACUGCCCAUGCACCAGUCAGGAAGACCCCGCCUUUCAUCCUCCCCAGGCGGAGGGGUAUACUCCCGCCUCAUCAGGCCCCAGGCUUCCCUGCUGAGACCCCCUCCCACCCCCGACAGACCACAAAUCGGCUUCCAUAGCAACACCAGUGGCAGUGGCAGUCACAGCAGCAUCUCGUCUCCGGGGUUAAUGAGCCUGUGCAGCGGAGGUGGGGUCGGAGGAGGUGGGGUUGGAGGUGGAGGGGAGCUGGUGCCUGUAGCCCUGGCUCAAUGUGAGGGGGGAGGAGAUAUGGGCUUCAGUGUGACGGCCGGGGGACAGGGGGGCAGGCUGGCCCUGAUCAAGAGGGUCUGGGAUAGGAGGCAGUGCUCCUCCCUACAGCCAGGGGAUGCCAUCAUGAAGAUCAACGGAGUAGACGUCCAGAGUCUCAGCUUUGCACAGAUACAACGAGUUCUCCAGGAAUACACCAAACAAAAAGAAGUUAUCCUAUUGGUUCACAGAGGAGGUUUCCAUCAUUCUUCCAUCUCCCCCAACUCUAUACGGAAAGUCACCUCACCACUCCUUCGCCCCCCUCCUUCACCUGUGGCCUCAGACAAGAACCCAUCGCCCCCUGCAGUUGUCCUCUUCCCACCCCGUCCCACCUCCACCCCUCCUCCCCCUCCCCCAGCCAUGGUGCGCUCCUCUCUGGUCCAGAGCACCAGUUUCCUGGAGUCAGUCCCAGUCACCCUCACCAUGGAGCCCAAAGACUGGCUGAACGCGGGCAUAGAGGAUGAGAGGGACAGGGGGGUGGUGGUCCCAGGACCAGGGCAAGAGGGAGGGGGAUGGAAUCGUGUACCCCGGGGAUUCGAUGUGGAGCUGAGGAGGAAGCCAGGAGAGGGGUUCGGAUUUGUCAUCGCUUCUCAGGAUGUAGAGAAGGGGAAAGCUGCCUCCCUCCUCCCUCACCGGUUCGUGACGGUGCGUCGGGGCAGUCCUGCAGCGAGGAGCGGUCAGAUACGGCCCGGUGACCGGUUGGAGGCUGUUCAGGGGCAUUCUGUGGUGACCCUUCCACACCGGGAGCUCGCCCACAUCCUCCGCAGAGCUGGAAACACCCUACGCCUCACCAUCAUCCCCCGUCCUAGCACCUACUCCUCCAGCCUAUCAGAGACCACAGAUUAUGACCCCAAUUACACAAGCAGGAAAGGUCACAGGUCACGACCCAAGCAUGACUCUAGGUAUUACAGUGUGGAUCUAGACCGUGGGCAGACAGGGUUUGGGUUCAGCCUGCGAGGGGGCAGUGAGUACAAUAUGGGUCUGUAUGUAUUGGGACUGAUGGAGGGGGGACCUGCCUCACGCAGCCACAAAAUACAGGUGAGUGACCAGUUGGUGGAGAUCAACGGGGACAGCACAACAGGGAUGACCCACAGCCAGGCAGUAGAGCAGAUACGCAGGGGAGGACACCGCAUAUACCUGGUUCUAAAGAAAGGCAAUGGAUACGUCCCUGACUACGUGGAGCUGUCCAGUCUGUCUCUAUGUAUGACCAACUCCAAGCUAGGAGAGCCUUGCUUCUAUGUCAUCGGCCGGACAGAGAAUACGCGUCCGUGAGCGCAGAGUCACCUCCCCCUCCCUCCCACAGCAGCACCCCGAGGAGCAGAGUGUGGCUCCAGUAGACCUGGCCCGCCUGGAGGGCCGCAUCCACAGAUCCAAGGUGAAGAAGCGGGGGAGGUCUUCGAAAGGGGAGAUAAAGGAAGAAGAAAGGAAGGAGAUCAGGGAGAGGAAGUAGCAGGGGCAGUAAGACACAGCCUUGAUUCAGACCCUGAUCCUGAGAGACAGGAGGAGGGCAGUGAGAGAGGACUCAGGUGAGAGGGAAGGAUAGUAGGAGGAAGAGCAGGAACAAGGGAGGCUCUCACAGUUUACCCAGAGAUGCACUGAGGAACUAUGACAAUGAUGAUAUACACACAGGCAGAGGGAGGGAGGGAGGGAGAU